CCUCAAGCAGCUGGGGAGGUGCCCGUGCAGAGGGGUACCAGCCAGGAAGGGGCACCAGCUCGAGGAGCACACCCGGCAGGAGCCAUGGCACAACUCCUGCCCUGCUGGCUCUGGGUCCUGGGGACCCUGGCCAGGCUCGUGGCCCCCAAUAUCCCCCAGACAUGCCCCCCUCAUCACUAUAGGGCUGGAGGACACCUCUGCUGCCAGAUGUGUGAGCCAGGGACAUACCUGGUGAGAGACUGUGCCAGGAACGGAAAGCCAACUCAGUGCGCCCCAUGUGUGCAGGGGGUGUCCUUCUCACCCGACCACCACAGCCGGCCCCACUGUGAGAGCUGCCGGCACUGUAACUCUGGUCACCUCACUCGAAACUGCACCCUGACUGCCAAUACAGAAUGCACCUGUCCCCAGGGGUGGCAGUGCCGGGACACAGAGUGCACUGAGUGCCACCCUACCCCAACCGCCUCGCCAGCCAUCACAUCAGUUCAGACCCCAGGCUGGCACCCUCCACCCACCCACAUACCUUAUACCCAAAGGGUGCUGGAAGCUAGGACGGUCCAGCAGGUACAGACUAAGGCUGAUUUUCAGCGGCUGCCUGGUCCACCCCUGCCUACCACAGGACCAGACCACAGGUCCCUGUGCAACUCAGACUGCAUCCGAGUCUUUGUGGUCCUCUCUGGAAUGAUCUUCGGUUGUCUGGUGGGAGCCGUAUUCUUCCACCAACACAGAAAAUCCGGACUAAGUCGAGGAGCGAGCGCCAGAGCCCCGCAGGAGGAGAGCAGCAUGCUGCCAGUGCAGGAGGCCUACCGCAAGCCUGAGCCUGUCGGGCCCUGAGCGCCUCGGGAUCGAGCCCGGGAGACGCAGCCUCUGGGUGGGAGGGGAGCCGGGGCACUUCUUUCCGGAAAAACCCACGUGUUGACGGUGGCUGAGAAACUCCUGCAAAUAAAGUGAAUGACUGACCGCCCUGCCCCA